AUGUCAGCUAUUUAUAGAACGCUAACAACCGGUGAUAGCAGCAAGAAUGCUAAAUCCAAAGAAAACAGCAAGACCAAGAAAGAUAUUGGCUUUGCUAAUGGCAAAAAAAGCAUGAAUAGGCAACGUACUUUAUUGAUUUCCUCCAGAGGUAUUACACAAAGACAACGUCAUUUAAUGCAGGAUUUACACAGUUUAUUACCACAUUCGAGAAAGGAGCCCAAAUUGGAUUCCAAGAAAAAGUUAAAUAAUUUGAAUGAAAUUGCAGAAUUAUACAAUUGUAAUAAUAUUUUAUAUUUUGAAAGUAGAAAACAUCAGGAUUUAUAUUUGUGGUUAAGCAAACCACCAAAUGGACCAACUGUUAAAUUUUAUUUACAAAACUUACACAAUUUGGAUGAAUUAAAUUUCACAGGGAACUGUUUAAAAGGUAGCAGACCAAUUCUAAGUUUUGAUUCCAAAUUUGAUGAAAUGGAUCAUUAUAAAUUAGUUAAAGAGUUAUUCAUCCAUAAUUUUGGAGUUCCACCGGGACACAGGAAAAGUAAACCAUUUAUUGAUCAUGUUAUGAAUUUUAGUAUUGUUGAUGGUAAGAUCUGGGUUAGAAAUUACGAAAUCUCGUAUGCAACAAGCAAUAAGGAUAAAUAUGAAGAGGGCGUUUCAGCAGAAGAUGACAUAUCUUUAGUGGAAAUCGGUCCACGUUUUGUUAUGACCAUUAUUUUGAUUUUAGAGGGAAGUUUUGGUGGUCCUAAGAUUUAUGAGAACAAACAGUAUGUUUCGCCAAAUGUUCUAAGAGCUCAACUAAAAAAACAGUUGGCUGAAGAGGCUAGAAAUAGAAGCGAAUCUGCCAUAAAAAGAAAGCUAACUAAAGUAGAGAAUGUCUUGAAAACCAAUCCACUAAGUAACGAAGCUGUGUUUAAAGAUUGA